UCCUUCUCCCUCUGCACACAUUUCUCCCUAUUAACCUCUCUGCGUGAGUGUGGUACAUUUUUUCACAAUUAAUGAACGAUUAUCAAUAUACUGUUAUUGACUGAAGUCCAUAGUUUAUGUUUCAUUCAUUGUGUUAUACAAUGAUGUGGAUUUUGACCAUGUACUCUUUUGGGAAGGGGGUCUGGCUUAGUAUUAUUUUAAGAUUCAUUCGUGUUUUUGUAUGUAUCACUCUACCCCCACCCCCCAUUUCGUUUAUCCAGUUGGGCUGUUUCCAGUUUGGAGCUACUGUAGACAAAGCUGCAGUGAGCGGUGAUGUGCAUGUCUCUGUGCAGAUAUUUGUUCUCAUUUCUCUUAGGAUGGCUGGGAAUGUAAACAAGAAUAAGCCAUUUCCGGAUGGCUUUUAGCAUAUACUACUGACACAUUAUUUGUGAUGGCAUCUGAGACCGAGAAGACCCAUGCUUUACUCCAGUCUUGUAGCACUGAAUCUCUUAUUUCUAGCCUUGGUCUGGGCAUAUUCUGCCUAGUAGCUGACAGACUUCUUCAGUUUUCCAUAAUUCAGCAAAAUGACUGGCUUCGUGCCCUCUCAGAUAAUUCAGUACAUUGUGUGAUUGGCAUGUGGUCAUGGACCAUAGUCAUUGGAAUCAAGAAGAAGACUGACUUUGGAGAAAUCAUUUUAGCUGGAUUUUUAGCCUCUAUUAUUGAUAUAGACCACUUUUUCCUAGCUGGAUCCCUAUCUUUAAAGGCUGCUCUGACUCUUCCACGAAGACCCUUCCUUCACUGUUCUACUGUGAUACCCGUUGUGGUUCUGACUGUGAAGUUUACUAUGCACCUUUUCAAGCUCAAGGACUCCUGGUGCUUUCUUCCCUGGAUGUUAUUUAUAUCCUGGACCUCACACCAUGUCCGAGAUGGAAUUCGCCACGGCUUGUGGAUAUGCCCUUUUGGAAAAACUUCUCCUUUGCCAUUCUGGCUUUAUGUAAUAAUUACAUCAUCUUUACCUCAUAUCUGUUCAUUCGUUAUGUAUUUCACAGGGACCAGACAAGUGAUGUCUUCAAAACACGGAAUUCAUAUUGAUGUCUGAGAUAACCAUGUGGCAGUCUUAGAGAAGCAGUGGUUGAAACAACGGUAAUUAAGGCUAGCCAACAUUAAAGUGAACUUUAAAAAACUUACUGGUUCUUAUUUAAUUAUUGUAGUUCCUGAAUCCUCUUGUUCAGGAGGCAUGAACAAUUUUUUUUUUAAUUAUAUGUUUGUUGUAUUCCUCUCUUCUAAACAUUCUAGUGAAAUAGAGUUUUAAUUACUCCAUGAUAAAUGUUUGUUUCUUCUGUUUACCUGGCUUUACUAAUGUUAUUAGAUUAGCAUCUGGUUAUUGGCAAAUACACCUUUAAGGUAGGUUAUUUCCUGAUGAAAAACAGCUCAAAUUUUAGGAUGACUAAUUUGUGGAAACUUAGCAUUGUAUCGGGAUCCACAUUUUCCUCAGAUACUGAAACAAUGAAACAGGCAAAGUGGGAUUAUGAAAAAGAUGUAUAGUGAAUGCUAAGAUUUCUUUACUCCAUAUUUUGAUCCUGACUGAAGUUUAAUUUGCCAAGUGCUUUAGUGAGUUGUGAUUACUGGCAGAAUCUGCUUCAGUGAACUUGUGUCAUAUAACAUUCUUAAGAGACAGUACUAUAGACCUAGGUUAUUAUUUCAGAAAUAACUUCAGGGAAUUAUUAUCAUAAUAGCUAUAGUAACAUCUUGCUAAAGUAUUAUUUUUUUCACUAUCUUUGUCCCCACAUCUCAUGUGUUGGGAAUUUUAACUGUUUUGAAAACACAAUUAAAUAUAACAAAAUAUUUGCUUAAAAUUAACCAAAUAUUUUAAAUUAACAUUAAAAAAAAUUGUACUUGGUUUAUAACCAUAGAAUUUAUCCCAAAAAAGGACUUAACCAAUGUCAUUUCAAAUGUAGACUCCUGAAUGUGACAUUAAAAUUAUUUUAAUUGCUGUCAAUUUGUUUAUAUAUGAUUCUAAAAUAUACCAGUUAAAUAAUUUUUUUUUAAUUUGCCUGAUAUUGAAAGACAACACACUUUUUCCAAAAUAAGGUAGUUUUAGGAUAUUGGCUUUUUCUUCUGUUCUUUCAGGUUGAUCUUCUGUUAAAAAUGAUUAACCUUUAUGAGAAGGAAAAUUGAGUUGCUCUAACUUUUACACUUCCAUAGUUUAACAUUAUGUUGAUGUAACAGUCAGUGGCCCAAAGGCACCUGCUUUUUUUGUAGCAUUUGUACCAGCUGCUGUCUUCAGAUUUUCUCACACAUUUGUGUUUUAUAAUGCUCGUGAUUGUGUGCCUUGUUCUCUGAAAGGGAGGAAGCAAUGCCUUAUCCAAAGCAGAUUUUUCUUAUUAAGUUAAUAGAGUUCUAUAAAUUGUCAUAAAGGAUCAAGCUCUUAUAGUUUUUGUUGUUAACCAGUUGGUUGUAGUCUAUUAUAUUGUACAAUUUGUUACUCUUACAAUCUGUUUUUGUCUUUCAAGAGCUAUUACUGUAUCAGUUUGGUUGGUUUAAUAGUAAAUAUUACAUAGUGGGGAUAAAUUUGAUUAAGGUAGGUAUUUUUUAAAAGCAUAUGAUUUUAGAAAUCCCUGGAAAUAAAGCAUAUGUCUUGUGUAA